AUGGCGGGCGGGCCCCCCAAGGCCCUGCCGUCCACGGGGCCCCACUCCCUGCGCGACAUGCCGCACCCGUUGGCCGGCUCCAGCAGCGAGGAGGCCGUGGGAGGCGACAGCACGCCCAGCCCGGACCUGCUGAUGGCCCGAAGCUUCGGUGACAAGGAUCUCAUUUUGCCCAAUGGUGGGACUCCAGCAGGCACCUCCAGUCCAGCUUCAUCAUCUUCCCUUCUCAAUAGACUUCAACUUGAUGAUGACAUUGACGGUGAGACCAGAGAUCUCUUUGUCACAGUUGAUGAUCCCAAGAAGCAUGUGUGCACUAUGGAAACCUACAUCACAUAUAGGAUCACCACCAAA